AAAGUAAUAAUAUUUACUUUCUAUUAAUAGUGAUUGAUGAUAAAUAUAGAAGUACUAUAUAUGAGUUUGAUCUCUUGCUAACUCACUACUGUACGAGCAGCAGCUAGCUUAUCACUAUCUCUAUAAUAACUUCCUCUUUCAUCAAACAUUUUUACUCUUAAAAAACCAAGCAUUUCUAUUAAUUAUAUCCUAUUAUUACUCACACAAAUUAUAUAUUAAACACCCAAACAAAAAAAAACAAAAAAAAAAAAAGAAAAAAAAACACACACACAAAGUAUGGGGCGCCAUUCUUGUUGUGCAAAACAAAAGUUGAAGAAAGGGUUAUGGUCUCCUGAAGAAGAUGAGAAGCUUUACAAUCACAUUACUCGUUUCGGCGUCGGUUGCUGGAGUUCUGUCCCUAAGCUUGCUGGUUUACAAAGGUGUGGAAAGAGUUGUAGGUUGAGAUGGAUUAAUUAUUUGAGACCAGAUCUUAAGCGAGGAAUGUUUUCACAAGAAGAAGAAGAUCUUAUUGUUAACCUUCAUCAAAUUCUAGGAAAUAGGUGGGCUCAAAUAGCAUCACAAUUGCCUGGAAGAACAGAUAAUGAGAUCAAAAACUUUUGGAACUCAUGUCUAAAGAAGAAGCUAAUGAAGCAAGGGAUCGACCCACAAACACACGAGCCUCUUUCGACUCAAAUGCAAUCCAGUAACAACAUUAGCAGCAGCAGCAACGGCUUCAGAAACACAGCUGAAAACCAGAAAAUAGCGCGAGCUGUCAAGAUGGAACAAUCCUACCCUUUCUGCAACACUGCAGAAGUAACAAACACAAGCGCGACAGUUAUCAGUAGUUCAUUCUCAUCUUCAUUAAACUCCCAAUUCAGUUUAUUACAACCUGCAGCUUUUCUUGGUUCGUCGUCUCAGAGCUACCUGAGUCUCCUGAGGCCGAUGAUAGAGUCGCAGUUGCAGUCACAGUCGCAGUCGCAGUCACAGCAGCAGUAUAUGCUGCAGCAGAGCUGCUUCAAUGAAAAUUUGGAGACGGAGAAUUUGGGGUCGGAAUCUGUUAUAUUCAAUGAAGGAAAAGAGUGUUCUAGUAGCAGUUCAAAUAAUAACAAUAAUAUCAUGACUAAUUCUGAUAACAGUGCUAGAUUUUCAUGGGAAAACAGUACUAAUGAUCAGCAGAACAAGUUUGAUCAGUCACAAAUUUUCCAGUUUCCUGUUAAUUUUGGUGGGUUGAUAAAAAUGGAAACAGUUAGUCAUGAUCAAACAAGUCCAUGGGAGGAAGAUCCACUGAAGUCGCUUUCGAUGCCUGAAGAUUUAGUGACAACAGCUGCAGGAAACCUUGAUUAUUUCUUACAGCAGAUUUCAUGAAAGUGAACCUAAUUAACUUACUGCUGCUACUAAUGAUCAUUUCGUUUGUCAUGUCAUUCUGUUACACUUGAUCAGCCUUUCCGGUUAUGCGCUUGGGCUGCCCAUUUCAGUUCGACGGGGACUAUAUGGGCACACGCAAAAUUAGAAAAAAAAAAAAAGCAUGAUCCCAUGUCAAACUAAAUGAGUCUUAACCUCUUAUUAAUUCCGACCAAUUGGUUUUGGGAUGGAACCUCACGCUACCUAUACUUGGCUUGGCAGCAUAGGUAAAUAGAGCAUCAGUUGGUGUGCAACAAGUAUACCACUUGUAGAAUAUACAGUACUCAUAGAAAAAUUAGGGAUGAAAAAAAAAUUGUGAUGAUUUUUUAUUUUUGUGUGGUUAAUCAUUUUGUUAUUCUUUCUUUAUUUCUUUGUCAGUUUGAUGGGUCAUUUUUAAUUUUUUGGAUUUUGACAUUUUUAAUUAGUGGUAGUCAAGGUAUUAUUGUGAUUGAUUGAUUUAUUUCUGCAUUCUUUUCAGUGGGAAUAUGGUGAAUAUAACAGUGUUUUUUAUGAUUUU